UGCUUGCAACAAUAACAACAAUAUCAGUUGUAAGUUGUAAUUUGUUUUGUGUGUUGGGGCAACUGUCUCAAUGGCUCUCAGUGCCGGGGGCUGCUUCACUUCGAAGCUCGCCUUGGGGCUGUUGAAUUUCAUAUUGGCCGUCUGUUCCGGUUGGGCACUGAAACACUACAGCAAUGGUCGGCAUGGAUUGGCCGCAUAUGGUUUAAUCUUUGCACACAGUGUCUUCUGCAUUUUGCGCUACACGCAUCCCAAUCCGGGCAAUGUGCAGCGAUGCAUCUGCGAGCAGUCGCUCCGCUAUGCACCGGUCAUAUUCGUUACACUGAUCAUUGGCCAGCUGCAGGGCAUCGUUGGCGAUAUCCAAUUGGGCGUCGGCAUCAAUUGGUGCUUUAUCGUCCUGGCCUUGUAUACGAGCAUAUUGACAUUGAUCAGCUUGCGACGCUGCCUCAACGAGAAGUCAACGCUGGCAGUGAUCUUGAGUCGGUUAGAGCGCUUCAAUCUGACCAUGUGCGUGCUGUGGAAUGUGUAUUGCCUGUGGCGCAUCGCCAUCAUCGAAGAGCACUCGUGGUCAUUGGGACUGGCCAUGUUAGUCCUGCUCAAUCAUUUUGUACUCUGGCGCCUAACAUUGCACUUCAACAUCACUGCAUUGGAGGUGGAAACUGUGGGCAUGUGCUUCUCUGUUAUAUUUGCCAUCAAUGCCACCCAGGAGCUAAUUGAGGAGACCACCAGCAGAUGAUUAUGAUUGUGCGAGCUUGAAGAUUAUAGAGAAUGGUUUAAGGAUUUGUUAAUUAACUGAUUAAUGCUGCAUUUAGCGCGAAACUGAGACAUUUUUAUACAUUGUACUUGUAUUAUUAACUUGUAUUUUUAAGCGUUGAUUUUGUUUACCUGUUAAUCUGCGAGAUUCAUUCAAAUGGAUUUUUAGUCAAUAAACGAUGGUUUCUAUAUAUAUAUAUAUUGAUGUGCAACCCAUUAAAAUAAAUCUGUGCUGUCUAUUCGAAAUCAAACA